AUGACUCUGCCCACCAGCUACCGUGCCUACAAAUCUAACGCCGACGGGUAUCAGAACCUCCAGCUUACCCAGGUGGAUCUCCGUGAGCCGAAACCGCUGGAGGCCGUGGUUAGAGUGCAUGCUGUUUCGCUCCAGUUCCGCGAUCUCCUCGUCGCGAAAGGCGAUUAUGGCCUACCGACCGGCGCAGGCAUCGUCCCCUGCUCCGACAUGGCCGGCACGAUCGUCGCGCUCGGCGAGGACGCACGGCGCUUCUUCUCCGUCGGCGAGCGCGUGUGCGCCAACUUCGCGCCGGACUUUCUCGCGGGCGAGCCGACGCCCGAGAACAGGGCCGCGCUGGGCGGCGAGCGGGACGGGGUGCUCGCCGAGUAUGUCGUUGUGCCUGCGUAUAGUUUGGUGAGGGUGCCGGAGCAUUUGAGCUUUGUGGAGGGCGCGACGCUUCCGUGCGCGGCGCUGACGGCGUGGAACGCGCUGACGGGCUCGACGCCUAUUAAGGGCGGCGACACUGUCCUCGUACUCGGCACCGGCGGCGUCUCGAUCUUCGCGCUGCAGUUCGCAGCAGCGUCAGGCGCGACGGUUAUUCUGACGUCGUCCUCGGAUGCCAAACUCGCUCUUGGCCGUAAACUCGGCGCCCACUAUACAAUCAACUACAAGACGACGCCCGAGUGGGACGAGGAGGUGAAGAAGAUCACAAACGGACGCGGGGUCGACCAUGUUGUCGAGGUAGGCGGACUGGGCACGAUCGAGCGCAGCGUCAACGCGGUGCGCCUGGCAGGCUCGGUGCACCUCAUCGGCACGGUGUCGAAGGGAGCAAGCGGAAUACCGCUCAUACCGGCCAUUUUGCGCAGUAUCAAGCUCAACGGCGUUGUCGUGGGUUCCGUUCGACAGUUCGAGGACAUGAACCGCUUCAUCGAGGCGCGGGGCUUGCGGCCCGUGGUGGACAGGACGUUCCCGUUUGAGCGGGCGCGCGAGGCGUACAAGUAUCAGGAUGCGCAGGGGUUUGUGGGUAAGGUUGUGAUUGAGGUUGUCGAGGAGUGA